AUGCAGGAUCACACCCCUGUUUCCUUGAGGUACUCCUCUGAAGGGACUGAGUUUCUGAAUGACAACAACUUCACCAUGGAAACGAAAAGGAAUGCAUUAGAAAGCCAGAUGAGCACUCUAAAGGACAGAAUGGACGACAUCGAAGAACGCCAAACAAGAUCCCUCCAGUCAAAAACGAGGAAUAACACAAAUGUACGGUUUUCUUCAAACCUGGAAAGGGGCCUUGAUCUUAAUCGUCGCACCAGUAGACAGAUAUCAUCAAUGGUGGAUCUCAGCUCGAGCGCUCAGCAGCGAGGUGGGAUGUUUGAAAAAUCUCGAAUUGCCCUUAGUCCAAGCGGUAAAGCAAGGCAGAAUCGGAAGGCCAGAGACACCAGAUCCCUUUUAAGCCAGUCUUUAAGUGAUGUGCGACCUCAGGUACAAGGCUCUUGGGUUGGAGACGAUCAAUUCCUAAGCAAUCGAGGUUAUGGCAUCGCAGGUUCUUCCUCCAUAGCAUCAGCUGGUCAGCGUCUUUUCUCGUCCCGUUCACCAUCAUCUUUUUUCCAUGGACGAUCGCUGAGUGGAUUUGAUGCUUCGCGGGGCAGUGGUUUCUUACAAUCACUACCGUCCUCACGCAAUGACCAUUUCUUUCUACCAUCAGUUGGUAUCUUGGGCGGUGUUUCUCAAACAAGAGCUGGUGGGGCAUUCGGUGGCUCGAUGUUGGGAAGCUACAGUGGCCUAAAUGGAUUACAUUCAGGUUUUGCCUUUCAAAGGCUCAUGACGGGACCCACCGUUUUUGAUGGUCGUUUAUAUAAUUCUGCCAGUGUCGGUAACCUUCAGCAACAAGUCUCAUCACAAGUUCAAGGAUCCUCUUUAAAUUCAGCUCGGGAAGGUGCUGCCUGUGGCUUUGAUGGUCGUUUGCAUAAUUCCGCCAUUCUCGGUAACCCUCAGCAACAGUUCUCACAAGACGUUCGAGAAACGUCUUUAAAUGCAGCCUCCCAGCAAGCUUCUGUCGGAGUAGCGAACAACUCGGAGGGAAGUAGGCUCAACGUAACUGCUUCAUCUGGUGGUUCUCAUCAGGUAGCAACUUCUCAACAAGCUAAGGUCGUUGGAAACGGGGAUGCAUCCUAUGCAGCCGGUAUCUCCGACGGUAGUCAGCCUCAAUCAGUCGUGAGUCGCGAACUGGAUUUGACGGAUUCAGUAAGUAAUCAGUCACAGGGGAUCAUAAUGCCACAAAACGUUGGAGGUCAAGCAGUGGUUGAAUGCGAAGAAGUAUCAACUUCCUUGCAAAUCACAGAUCUCGGUAGUCUUGGAAACGAUGUUGAAUUGACUGUGCAAGCUGAGGAUAUCGAAGCGGAAUAAACUUACCCGCGAGGAAUAGGUCCUCAGUAGUCAUAGAAACGAUGACCAAUUGACUAUGUAGUCAGGGCAAGCUUAGAUGUUACUUUUUUUGUUUUGCUUUGUUUUGUUUGUUUGGCAUGCCAAUACCAGUGUGAAGCCGAAAGGUAAAACUUUCUAUUUAAUUUGUUCUUUCAAGUGCAAGAAAGGUUGUUUUGAUUUCUCAUAGGAAUAAUAUUUCUGGGUUAGAAUUUCCGACAAGAGUAAUGUCCAAUGCAAUCCAAGACUCCGUUUGUGUAAGCCUUAUUUUAUACCCACAUUAUUGGAAAUUUAAAUAUUUGAUCAAAAUUCUAGUUCUAGAGACAGCGUCAAGCAAUCCUAUCAUCUUUUUACACCGCAAAUUGAUCAGAAAAAAAUGGACAUUUGUUUUUCACCUCGAGCGCAUAGUGCGUUUUCGCUCCAUGCCCAAACAUUCAACGAGCCCAAAAAAGGGGCGAGAUAAGUGAUAGGUGCAAAAACCUUCACAGGAUGUUUUCCUCGCACCUCAAGCAAAAUUUAUUACGUUGAAGUACCGGUAUUUUGCAAAGAUCUUGCUUGUCCGUUGGUCUGUCUUUAAAUGUCUUCUCGCGUGGAAAUCGAUGACGUCAUAAUGGUUUCAUGUUUCUGCUUUUUAAUGGCCACUCAAUUUAACCUUUAUUCUUUAACUACUCUUGUUGGUAUUUUAAGGGAUUUUUUUCGAUUUAUAAGUUCGAUUGAAUUUCAUUUAUUAAUAAUUACUAGGUAAUGAGGGGAGUCUGUAUGAAAAAUUUUACCUGAAUUUCGGUUUUGGUAUUCGAUGAAGUGGAUGGUUAAAAUAAAUCCUACAAUCUAUAAAAGAAAGGAAGCAUUCCAAAUAAGUUGUUCGAUCAAUAAUAAAUAGCCUCCAUGAGAAAUGUUUUAUACUGCACUAGUUUUGCAAUUAUUAUCGGAAAGUUAUAUUUCUAACGUGGAGCACUUUUUGCGUUAUUUUAGUUUUAAAAUCAAUUAAGGUUUGAAUAAUCUGAGCUAGCCUUUUCAAAUUUUUCAAUGUCUAAGAAGUUUGUUUGGCAUCUUUUUCUUUCUAAGCAUGCAGUCUGCCAAUAACUGAACAGGCGAGAAACGAGUGUCUUUGAAAUAUCGAUACUUUCCCUAGGGACACGAAGAGAUUUCGAAUCUUUUAAUGGCCCAGACACUACGAAACUCGACAUCUCUACGCAACAUCUUUACUGACAACCGACUUGAGCAAAUCUCGGAGACAGGAUUCGAGAGAUCAACUUAGUUAUUCUGAUGCCUGUUAACCUUGCAAUAGGGAAUGUAUUGAAAAAUAUCAACUUACUAACGAACUGUUUUGUUAUAAGAAGGGUAAUUUUUGUGCAGGGAACUUUAGAGCGUAAUUUGAGAUUAAACGAUGUGUGGAUUAACACGUAUAAAAAUGUUAAAGUUAUUUUUGCUUUAUCCUUUCAAGAAGUAGUCAUUAAAAAGUUAUUUGUCAGUUAUUAGACAAGCUUUACAUGUAUCAGGGUUGUUAAUUAAAGUUAUUUCAAUGGUAGCUUGUUUUGUCUUUCUCUGUUCUCGAUGUAUCUUGUUGUUGUAUUGCGGAAGUACCUUCACAUCACAAAUGUGACUUUUGCAUCUGAAUAACAGUAAAUGUUCAGGUCGUUUGUCAGUGCCACUUCUU